AUGGAAGAUCUUCUAGCUAGCCAAACCCAGAUCAUGGAGGCUAUGAAUCAAUUUUUAAUCAAUUUUAAAAAAGACGAUGCCGAACGCAAGACACCGGCUCAUAUUAAAAAGCGUCUCAGCACUUUAGAGAGUUAUUGGCAGGAGUUUCAAAACAACCAUUUGAGGCUUUGCGAUUCUGGUGACAAAUCGAACGAAUAUUUCACUAGCCAUUACUAUAAGAAAACAUCCGAUUUUUACAAUGACACACGCAGUUUACUCACCUUUUUACCCAGUGAGUCUAAAGAAAAAAGCGUACUAAAACCAGCCACCCUGUUGCAAAUGCCAGGCUUUACAGCUAUACCGUCGUCUGGCAGCGUGUCACGUCCGGUGACAUCAUUCGAUAAAGAAACUUCGCGAACCCAAGGUAAUAGCAGCAAAUUAGAGGAAAUGUUGAGAAGGCAAAGAAGCAAUUUUAAAGCAUUUCAGCGUACAAUUAGCAGCAUCGAUCUCGACAUUGUCUCAGAAAAAUGGGAAUACGAAGAUAUUUUGAAGUCGGUACAAUCACGCUGGACCAUCAUUGACGCAUUGCACUGGGAAAUAGACAGCGAACUAUAUGAAGACGAUCCAGAAUACGAAGAAAUGUUCAGCAGCUACGAGCGGAAAUUUAACGAAAUUAAAAAAAGUAUCAACAGCAAGAUGUGGUCUGAUCUUUAUCGGGAGAAAACCACCCCGAAAAUGGAUAUCCCUGUGUUUAGUGGGAGCUACCACCAGUGGUUAUCCUUUAAAGACUUGUUUGUCGAAACCAUCCACACAAAUCGAGCCUUAUCAAAUAGUCAAAAAAUGCAGUUUUUAAAAAGUAAAUUAAAGGGCGAAGCAGAAAAGCUAGUGCAACAUCUACACAUAACUACAGACAACUAUCAAGUAUGUUGGGAUCUUUUAAACAACCGGUACAGUAACACAAAACUUAUUUUUAAUUCUCACAUGAGUGUCCUUUUUAACCAGCCUAUUAUGCAGCAACAGUCCGCAAUUUCAAUUAAAAGGAUUCACGACACCACCAACGAAUGCCUUAAUGCUAUCAAAAACUUGGGAGUCAGUAUAGAGAACUGGGACCCUAUCAUCGUAUAUAUAAUCACGCAGAAAUUAGAUGCGGACACUCACAACGACUACAUCGAGUCACUCAAGCAUCCGAGAGAUUUACCAGUUUUAAAAGAUUUAUUACAAUUUUUAGAAGCCAAAUUUACCGCUCUAGAAUCCUCUAAACGAAAACAAGAUCCCUCAAAAUCUAUCCCGCAUCCGCAACAUAUUUCUCAGCCCUCAAAUUUAAAAAAACCAUAUACAUUUAAAUCAUACGUAAGCAAUGAAAAUCAAUUAUUUAAAUCAAAUAAUUUUAAUAGCAAAAGUAGGUUAACGUCAACAGCGAAGACAAAAUGCCCCGUUUGCAAUAAAGAUCACGCCAUUCCAUAUUGCGAAACGUUUUUAGCGUAUCAACCAAAUAUUAAGCGACAAACAAUUCAAAAGCUAUCGUUAUGCCAAAAUUGCCUUUAUAAUCAUAACGGUAAUGAAUGUUUUUCAAGAAAAAGAUGUCAUAAGUGCCAAUUAAAUCAUCAUACUUUGGUUCAUGAAGCCUUUGCCGCAUCAGCAAACACUGCAACGUCGAAUACAAAGUUCAACAGCACCGUUUCUAACUCUAUUGCGUCACUAGAUGACACUCAGGAGAUUUUAUUAGCAACCGCUCUGAUCAACGUCCAAGCUGUUGAUGGCUCUCUUCAUACUAUGCGAGCGCUUAUCGACCAGGGAUCUCAAACGUCUAUUAUCACCGAGAAUGGCGCUCAACGGUUAGGACUACCUCGUAAGCACUGCAAGGGAGUUAUCUUAGGAGUAGGAGCGAAAGAAAAUAAUUGCAAAGGUACUAUGAACAUCACCCUAUCAUCUUGUCAUGACUCGUACCAGCUUAAUCUAGAUGUAUUUAUCAUGCGCCACGCUGUAAACAAUCUCCCUAACAAAUCAUUCUCAAAACCAUCAUGGGAAUAUAUUAAAAAUAUACAACUUGCAGACCCUGAAUUUUAUCGUAGCAGAACAAUAGAUUUAUUACUGGGCGUUGAUGUUUAUUCUUCUAUAAUUAUGGGAGGAAUCAUCAAAGAAAAUGACAACAUGCCUAUUGCGCAACAGACGCGGCUAGGCUGGAUUUUGUGCGGAAGUGUAAAAUCCUACAGCUGUAAUGUCAUCAUGGUGGACUUAGAUAGCAUUCACAAAUUUUGGUCCAUUGAAGAUAUUAACGAAAAUGAGGAAAUGUCGUUCGAAGAUUAUCAAUGUCUACAAAAAUACAAGGAAACUACUUUUCGCCAAUCCGAUGGAAAGCACGUGGUACGUCUUCCACUUCACUCUGACGCUGAUGAGAAGUUAGGAUUAUCUGAACCCACAGCCUGCGCACAAUUUUAUCAGCUUGAGCGUAAAUUCGACAAAAAUAAAAAUUUAGCUUAUAAUUAUAAGCAGUUUAUUAAUGAGUGUAUCAAUUUAGGUCACAUGCACUUAAUAACAAAGGCGAAUAUGACACCAUUAUAUUAUAUGCCGCACCACGCUAUUGAAAGACCCGACUCUAUUACUACUUCGCUUAGAGUUGUAUUUAAUGCAUCGGGUAAAACGACAUCGGGUGUAAGUCUGAACGAUGUUUUAUACAGAGGCCCAAAUUUACAACAAGAACUUUUGAUUUUGGUUUUGAAAUGGAGACAAUAUAAAUACGCCUUUACAGCUGACCUAGAAAAAAUGUUCAGACAAAUUAUUUUGCAUCCCGAUGACCAACGUUAUCAAUGCAUAGUUUGGCGAGAUAAUUCAAAUCAACCUUUAAAUAGAUAUCAGCUUAGCACAGUGACAUAUGGCACUAAAUCAGCCCCAUUUUUAGCAAUGAUGACGCUUAAGCAGCUAGCUAUUGAUGAGCGUCAUCGUUUUCCUACAGCAGCAAAAGCGUUAGAACAGCAUUUUUACAUGGAUGACGCUUUAUGUGGUAGUUAUGACGUCAUCUCAGCCAAAACAUUACAGCAUGACUUAAUCGAAUUGCUCAAAGAGGGAGGAUUUAACCUUCGCAAAUUUUCAUCGAAUGAGAAGUCGCUACUCGAGGGUGUUGAUGUAGCACCCAGCUCCCCAAAUGUCUAUGACUUCAAACAUCAGGAAUCAACGAAAGCACUCGGACUUACCUGGAUCGCUAAGGACGAUAAUUUUACGAAACGAACUACAACUUAA